CCGUCGCCCCGGCGACGAGAAGCGCGGCUUGCGGUCGUUAUGACGUGGAUCACCGCCCUCGCUCCCUGCCUCCCGAGCGCCAGUCGCGGCUGCUACUAAGCGAGCAGGAACCCUCUCAGGUGACCUGGUUAACAUUGAAGAGGAGGAGCCCUGCCUGCCAACACUAAUGACAAGUUAGCUGUGGUGGCCGUGCAGUAAAAGCAGGUGUGGCGGCCAUGAGGAGGCGGUGAUCGUGUGGAGGAAGAAUGGGCCGGAGCGUCCUCUCCACCGCCGUGCUCUACGGCUCCUUGGCCCUCUUCACCUCCGUCCUCCACAAUGUCUUCCUGCUCUACUACGUGGACACCUUUGUGUCCGUCUACAAGAUCGACAAGGUCUCCUUCUGGGUGGGCGAGACCGUGUUCCUGCUCUGGAACAGUUUCAAUGAUCCUCUGUUCGGGUGGCUGAGUGACCGCACCUUCCUCAGCUCUCCUCAGACCGGCUCCCAGGUCACGUCCCCAGAGGUGGUUCUGAAGCGGCUGAAGGCGCUGUCCGCCAACGGGCCUCUCCUGGCCCUCUCCUUCCUGGCCUUCUGGGUGGCGUGGGCCAGCCCGGGCCUGCAGUUCCUGCUCUGCCUGUGCCUGUACGACGGCUUCCUCACCAUGGUGGACCUCCACCACAGCGCCCUGCUGGCCGACCUGGCCGUGUCCGCCGCCGACCGCACGCGCCUCAACUUCCACUGCUCGGCCUUCAGCGCCCUGGGCUCGCUGUCCGUCUUCCUGUCCUACUCCUUCUGGGACAAGGAGGACUUCCACGCCUUCCGCCUCUUCUGCCUGGCUCUGGCCGCCUUCUCCAUCCUGGGCUUCUUCCUCGUCUCCGGGUUGCUACGGCGACGUUUUGAGAAGGAAGUCCGUCCAAGACACGAGGAGGCGCUGGCGCUCAAAGAGUACGUGACAAAAGGCGCAUCUUUAUUACAAAGUUUGUCUUCUUCUAAUCUUCUGUGUGGCAGGCUGAGUGUGGGCAACGCCCCGUUCACCUCUCCUGAGCACCCCGUCACCAUCCAGCAGUACCUCAAGCAGCUGUCCAGACACAAGAACUUCAUGUGGUUCGUGUCCAUGAACCUCAUUCAGGUCUUUCACUGCCACUUCAACAACAACUUCUUCCCUCUUUUCCUGGAGCACCUCCUGUCAGACAACAUCUCCGCGUCCAGCGGCUCCAUCCUCCUGGGCAUCUCCUACGUGGCCCCCCACCUCAACAACCUCUACUUCCUCACCCUGUGCCAGCGCCAUGGGGUCUACCAGGUCAUCCGCUGGCUUUUUCUGCUCAAACUGGGACUGAGUGUGGCCAUGCUGCUGGCGGGGGCCGACCACGUCUUCUUGCUCUGCAUCUUCAUCGCCAGUAACCGGGUGUUCACGGAGGGAACGUGCAAGCUGCUGAAGCUGGUCAUCUCCGACCUGGUGGACGAGGACUUUGUGGUCAACCGCCGACAGCAGCCGGUGUCGGCGCUGCUUUUUGGGAUGGUGGCGCUGUUGACCAAGCCCGGGCAGACCUUAGCGCCGCUCUUCGGCACGUGGCUGCUGUGCGCCUACACAGGCUACGACAUUUUCCAAAGGGAACCCGCCGAGGACAUACCGGGACCCCACGUGGCUCCGGGCUCAGGGACCCCGCCUCUGCGCCUGGGUUGCUUCCACAUGCUGGUGUUUGUGCCCAUCACCUGCGCCCUGCUGCAGCUGGCCGCCUGGUCUCGCUUCACGCUGCAUGGGCGCAAGCUGCGGGGCAUCAAGAGCUCCAGGCAGGGCGCCCAACAUGGCGGCCUGGUGGACGUCAAGGCCAUCUGACGGAGCAGGGGAGUCCAAUCUAAAACAUACGGGGGCCAUUUUCAUAUUUUCAAAACCAAUACGUUACAUAACGUAACCAUUCGGGUCACUUUUGGUUAACAUUAAAGGUCCCGGUCAUUAAACUGUUAAAAAUAAUAUUUUGUUAUACCUUCAACACUUAAAUAUCUAUAGCUCAACCUCAAAACUAUCUGUUGCCAAAAUCUUAUUGAUUUUUCUUCAGUUUUUUGCCCAAAACCCUCCUUUUUAUGGAAUAAACCAAAAUAUCCAAAUGUGAAGUAAUUUUAGCCAUAAAUAAUGCUUUGUAUUCAUUAUUGUUUUUUGACUGUGUAAAUCCAAAAGGCCUACACCGACACUCAUAAAAUUGUUAAAAAUAAGUAAUAUAUUUAAUUUUUACUUUCAACGCUUAAAUCCUUGAAGCAACUUCCGAUCCAUCUGUAAUCUUAGCCAUAAGUACGUAAAUAAUUCAUAACAACAAUGCUUCGUAUUCAUUGUUUUUUGACUGUGUAAAUCCAAAAGGCCUCCACUCAUAAAAUUGUUAAAAAUAAGUCUUAUACUGUAUAUAUAUAUAUAUAUAUAUAUAUAUAUAUAUAUAUAUAUAUAUAUAUAUAUAUAUAUAUAUCGCUCCCAGUCUGUGGAACGCUCUCCCUGACCACCUGAGGGCACCACAGACUGUGGAUGGUUUUAGAAAAGGCUUAAAAGCCCUUCUUUUUAAAAAAGCAUUUUUUUAUAUAUAUAUAUAUGCAUACUAGUUAUAGCUAUUUGGCUGUUCUAGUUUUUAUUUUUAUUUUUAUUUUUUUUAAUUUAUUUUUUUAAUACACUGUAGCACUUUGAGAUUAUUUACUCAAUAUAAAGUCCUUUUUACAAAUAAAAUCUAUUAUUAUUAUAUCAAUAUAUCAAAUUUUUACUUUCAACGCUUAAAUCCUUGAAGCAACUUCCGAUCUAUCUGUAAUUGUAGCCAUAAAUACAUAAAUAAUUCAUAACAACAACAAUGCUUCGUAUUCAUUAUUGUUUUUUGACUGUGUAAAUCCAAAAGGCCUCAACUCAUAAAAUUAUUGAAAAUAAAUCAUAUAUCAAUAUAUUUUAUUAUUUACUUUCAAUGCUUAAAUCCUUGAAGCGACUUCCGAUCUAUCUGUCGAUUAUUUACAUUUUUGAUGAGUAAGAGUAAUAAAAUAAUACUAAUACUAACAUAAACGUACGUGU